CAACUUUCCCAAUUCUUCAUUCGUUCGUUCUGAAGAUCGAAACUUUUUUUUAUGUACACGCACUGGACCAGACAGCACACUGCUAAUGAUGUUCAUCAGCUUUACAACUACUUUCAUUCAAUACACCCUCUGCUCUUAGCUCUGCCAAUUUAGACUAAAUAAUCUGUGUUUCGGUAUGGAUAUGAGUCCUCUGUUUUGCUCCUUCAAUUAUGAAAAAUGGGUGAACCUGGGAAUCGGCCACUCACACUCUUUUGCCCGGUACGGAUGCUAUGGGGGAAAGGGUUGGUGAUAAAUAAACUUUUCUUUUAUGGAGCUUUUACGAUCAAACUUCACCUUCCCCUGUUUUCCCACCAUAGUCUCUGCUUGCCUCAACCCAGAAAGGCAAGGUCUUUUUCUACCCUUUUAUAGUAAGAUCAAGUGCAGGGGAAUUGGUGUAGAAACAAAUGAUGAAGCUUUUUGCAGCUGCGGUGGAGGAAGGCAAAGCAGGGGAGAACGGGAAACCAUCAGUUGGUCCUGUUUACCGUAAUCUGCUGUCCAAGAAUGAAUUCCCUUCUCCUGAUCCCGAUAUCUCCACUGCUUGGGAUCUUUUCAGUGUAUCAGUCAAGAAAUACCCUGACAAUAAAAUGCUAGGAUGGCGAGAAUUCGUUAAUGGGAAGUAUGGAGGUUAUCAAUGGAAGACUUACAAGCAAGCAAAUGAGGAAGUUCUGCGCAUUGGUUCUGCAUUGAGAGCCUCUGGUGCUGAACCGGGCUGCCGGGUUGGUGUUUAUGGCGCGAACUGCCCCGAAUGGACUGUUGCGAUGGAGGUAAUGCGUGGUGUGGCUAUGAAAUCGGAUUCGACAUUGCUCGCUUGUGCUGCCCACAGUUUGGUCUGUGUACCUCUCUAUGAUACUCUUGGUCCGAAUGCUGUCAACUUUAUAAUCGAUCAUGCAGAAGUGGAUUUCGUUUUCGUGCAAGACAAGAAAGUGAAUGAACUACUGAACCCUAGUUGCAAUGCUGCUGGACGACUUAAAGCUGUCGUUUGCUUCACUUCCCUGACGAACGAGCACAAGGAGAAAGCAGCUGAACUCGGGACGAAACCAUAUUCCUGGCAGGAGUUUCUAGUGAUGGGGAAGGAGAAUCCAACGGAGAUAGUGCCACCACAGCCGUUCAACAUUUGUACGAUUAUGUACACGAGUGGUACGAGUGGAGAUCCGAAAGGUGUUGUGCUUACACAUGAAACGGUUGCAAAUUUUGUAAGGGGUAUGGACUUGUUCAUGGAACAGUUUGAAGACAAGAUGACAGUUGAUGAUGUGUACUUAUCGUUCCUACCGCUUGCACAUAUCCUAGACCGAAUGAUCGAAGAGUACUUCUUCAGCAAAGGCGCUUCGGUUGGUUACUACCAUGGGGAUUUAAACGCGUUGAGGGAUGAUUUGAUGGAACUGAAGCCGACAUUUUUAGCUGGCGUGCCUCGAGUCUUUGAGAAGAUACAUGAAGGCAUGCAAGAAUUUCUUUUACAGUCACUACAAGUAAAGCAACAAAAAAAAAAUUAUCUGGUUGUUGAAGUUAAACAUUUUCCCCCAUUCUGCAAUUCAGGUAUAGUGAAAGCAUUGGACGAACUUAAUCCAAUCCGAAGGAGGGUUUUCGAUUUUCUCUACCGAUACAAGCUAGCCUGGAUGAAUAUGGGUUACAAGCAAAAGUACUCCUCGCCAUUGGCUGAUCUAUUGGCCUUCAGAAAGGUGAAGGCGAAACUAGGAGGCAGACUUCGGCUAAUCGUAUCAGGAGGAGCUCCCUUGAGCUCUGAAGUAGAAGAAUUCUUGCGGGUUACUUGCUGCGCCUUUGUAGUCCAAGGCUAUGGAUUGACUGAAACUUGUGGGCCAGCAACCCUAGGCUUCCCGGACGAGAUGUGCAUGAUGGGAGCAGUGGGAGCUCCGGCAGUGUACAACGAGAUACGACUCGAGGAAGUGCCCGACAUGGGGUACAACCCACUUGGGGAGCCACCUUGUGGCGAGAUCUGUGUGAAAGGGAAGACAAUGUUUGCUGGUUACUACAAGAACCCUCAACUCACUACUGAAUCCAUUCAGGAUGGAUGGUUCCACACAGGGGACAUUGGGCAAAUAUUGCCAAAUGGGGUGAUCAAAGUGAUUGACAGGAAGAAGAACCUGAUAAAGCUGUCACAAGGAGAGUACAUUGCUCUAGAGCAUUUGGAGAAUGUGUUUGGGAUCACUCCCAUCAUCGACGAUAUAUGGGUGUAUGGAGACAGCUUUAAACCAAUGCUGGUUGCAGUUGUGGUGCUGCAUGAAGAGAAUGCUAUGAAAUGGGCUAAUGCAAAUGGCUGCAAGGGUUCAUUCGAGGAGAUCUGUUGCCUUGAACAGCUAAGGCAACAUGUUUUGUUGGAGCUCAAGUCAACUGGUGAGAGGAAUAAGCUGAGGGGGUUUGAAUACAUAAAGGGGGUGAUAUUGGAAGCUAAGCCAUUUGACAUUGAGAAAGACCUGGUCACUGCCACUCUCAAGAAGAAAAGAAACAAGCUGCUCAAGUAUUACCAGGCUGAAAUCGAUGGGCUUUACCAGAAAUUGGGAGCACAGCUUGGGCAUUGAACAAAGAAUUGCGGAUGCAAUAGUUGUGUUUCUUGAUUUGCACGGUGACUUAACCAUGUUUGUGAAACAAUAAAGCAAAUGCCAAAUGCAGUUUGCCAUAUGAGAAGUCCUUCCUUGACAUUGGUCUUCGUUUAGUGAGCAAAGUUUUGUUAAUGCAACCUAUAGUAACUAGGGUGAACAAAAAGACCCGUGAACCGACCCACUCGUUCAAUACGAUCCAACUCAUCCUUAUUUAUCAUUAAUAUUAGAAGAAUAACAUACUAUGAAUGUGUUCGCUUAUAAUCUUUUUAGCUUUUUUCGACAAAUGUUUGUAAGAAAAAGAAAAACUAGACAUAUGUUAAAACAAAUUGAAUUUCUUUAAAA